AUGAGCGAUAUUGAUCCAUCUCAUCAUGUGCAGCAGCUUUUAUAUGAAAAUCAACAACUCCAUAAUGAAAAUAGCGAACUAUUGUCAAAAGUUCAUGAUUUAAUAUCAGAAGUAACUUCCUUAAAGUCGAGUUUAAAUUCUGGGUCAAUUAUUACUACCACAACAACGGAAUACAUGGAUCCUCCGACUCGUGGAGAAGUUACAACAAUGAUGCAAAGCAUUAGAAAGCAAAGCCAAGAUAAAACGGAUCACAUUAAGAAGAAAUAUAAAGAAGAAUAUAAUAAUCUUUUGAAGAAAUACCAAGAACUCAAGGCAAAAUACGUAUAUCUGGAGAGUUUAAAGGAAACUGAAAGAAAAACGGAUAUUGAUUUUCAGGAACACCUGGAAAAAACAUCCACGGAUCUCAACAACUCUAAAAUUCAGAUUAACACGCUAAAUGACACAAUUAAAAGACUUAAAAGUGAAAAUAAAGAUCUAAAACAAGAAAUAACGGAUUUAAAUUCAAAGAUUUCUCAGCAAGAUCAGUUUUAUAAGACCGAUAUUGAAAGAAUUCGUGAACAACUUACAACAUCUAAGAUAGAUUUUCAACAUAUGCAAAUAGAAUUUGAGCAAAAAAUUAAUAAUUUGACAAGAAAGAACUCUUUACUCAGUGAUACUAAUAAAAAGCUUAAAGAUCAGAUAUCAGAAGCCGAAACUACUCAAUCUUUUCUCCAAAAUUCAACAAAUUCAUCAAAGCAACAAUUUGAGCAAAGCAAGUCAGAAUUACUCCAGAAGAUGCAAGAGCUCUCAGAUCUUCAUGUAAAAGUCGAAACAUUGGCCACACAAAAUACUAAAAUUUCUUCAGAAUUAAAAUCAGCAAAAUUACAACAAGGAGAAUACAUAGAAAGAAUUAAUACAUCGACAGAAAAGAUAAGAUCGUUACAGAUCGAACGAGACGAAAUUUACAACCAAAACAAAUUAUUUAGAAAACAAUUAACAGAAAAAGAUAAAGCAAUUCAAGAUGCUCAACUCAAAAUACAAGAAAUAGAGUAUGAACGCCAAUUAGUUCAAAAUCAAAGUAUUCAUGACUCAGAAAGCUUAAAUAAAGAAAUUUCAA